AUGGACCUGAGCGCCGCCGCCGCACUGUGCCUCUGGCUGCUGAGUGCCUGCCGCCCCCGCGAAGGGCUGGAAGCGGCGGCUGUGCUGCGAGUGGCGGGGGCAGGGCAGACCUGGAGCCCGGGGGGCGGCGGCGCGGACGGACGGACCCUCGCUCCGGCCACGGGCGCCUCGGCUGUCCAGGCCGCGGUGGUUCCGGGGGCCCGAGCGGCGCGGCGCGGCGCGGGCUCCAGCUUCAGGAACGGCUCAGUGGUGCCGCACCACUUCAUGAUGUCGCUUUACAGGAGUCUGGCCGGGAGGGCUCCCGCUGGGGCAGCCUCCACCUGGGGCCACGACCAUGCGGACACAAUCACCGGCUUCGUAGACCAGGCGACCCAAGACGAUUCGGCAGCCGAGACUGGUCAGAGCUUCCUGUUCGAUGUGUCCAGCCUUCCAGAUGCCGACGAGGUGGUGCGAGCCGAGCUCCGCGUGCUGCGCCGGGAAUCUUCAGAGCCAGGCCUUGGCAGCGGGACUUUGCCGCCGCUGCUGCUUUUAUCCACGUGUCCGGGAGCAUCCCGCUCACCACGCCAGCUGCACUCCCGUGCAGCUGAGCCCCUGGACGGCCGGCGGUGGGAGGUGUUCGACGUGGCUGACGCCGUGCGGCACCACCGCCAGGAGCCCCGAGCCACCCGCGCGCUCUGCCUCUUGCUCCACGCAGUGGUCGGUCCCGCCCGGAGUCCAAUGGCACUGCGGCUGCUGGGCUUCGGCUGGCGGGGCGGAGGCGGCGCUGCGGCUGAGGAGCGCGCGCUGCUAGUCGUCUCCUCCCGCACGCACAGGAAGGAGAGCCUGUUCCGAGAGAUACGCGCCCAGGCCAGCGCACUCGGGGCCGCUCUGGUCGCAGAGUCGCCGCCCGACCCGGGACCCGGCAAUGGGCCAUCGAGGAUAGUCAUGGGCGGCCGCAGGCGGCGGCGGACAGCGCUGGCUGGGGCGCGGGCCGCACAGGGCAGCGGCGGGGGCCUGGGCAGGGGCCACGGGCGAAGGGGCCGGAGCCGUUGUAGCCGCAAACCGCUCCACGUGGAUUUCAAGGAGCUAGGCUGGGAUGACUGGAUCAUCGCGCCGCUGGACUACGAGGCUUACCAUUGCGAGGGCGUUUGCGACUUCCCGCUGCGCUCGCACCUCGAGCCCACCAACCACGCCAUCAUUCAGACGCUGCUCAACUCCAUGGCGCCAGACGCGGCGCCGGCUUCCUGCUGCGUGCCCGCACGCCUCAGCCCCAUCAGCAUCCUUUACAUCGACGCCGCCAACAACGUGGUCUACAAGCAGUACGAGGACAUGGUGGUGGAGGCCUGCGGCUGCAGGUAG